AUGUACGACGAGAUGACGCUCGAGUUCAUCCGUGUCCUCGAUGCGUACGACUACAAGCUGUUCGCGAACCGGGGCGGCCUGCAAAAAUUGCGCGACGACAUCCGCGAGCAGCUCAAGAAGAAGAUGGCCAUGCUAGGCGCCGCCCGAGUGGCUGCCCGCAUGGUUCGCCAGGAUCUGAAGAGGGACUAUGGCGAGGGCGGCGACAAAAUGAUCAAGGGCUUGACUCACGUGCUGCGCGACUCGCGCACCGGCGACCUGGCGUCCCGAGUUUUGCCCGCGCUGCUCAACGCCAACUCGCUGCUGCGCAUCGCCGAUCUGCAGUGGGAGCAUGGCGGUCACGACAAGAGGGCCGCGUACCCGCCACUGAUCUUUUACUCCACCGUCGGCACCGAGAUCGCGAUCGAGUUCCUGAAGGCGUCCCGCGACAAGAAUCACGUGCCCGAGUCCCGCAACUGCUCCUACGAGUACUUCAAGUCGUUCUGUCUGGCCGGCAACGACAAAGGCUGCGAGAAGCAGCUCGAGCAAGUCGGCGUCGAGGAGGAGGAGAUCAUCUACGGCACGGCGAUCCAGCUGUCAUUCGAAGCGUGGCGCCGCAACUACCCUCUCCCUGCCUUCUACGGCGACAAACCCCUCGCCACCAUCGUCUUCCGCGAGCUGACCAUCGGCGACAUGUUCUUCGCCGCGUGGGCCGUACAAAAGUGCGACUCGUACACCAGGACAUUGCCUAGCAAGGAAUCAUGGGGCAUGCGGACGUUGAUCGACGCCGCGUCAGCCAAUCACCCGUAUUGGAUCGAACAGUGUGGCGAGCGGGAUUAUAUGCAGAGGGUCGAACGCUGCCCUUUGCUGCUACCCAAGGAGUACCACGUGGACCUC